AUGUCGAGGAUGACGACCCGGAAGGUGCAGAGCCGUGACCUGGAGAUCCAGCUGAGGACAGCUUUGGAGGAUCUCAAGGCAUCUCGUGACCUCUCAAGCCAACUGAUGGCAGAGCGGGAGGACAAUGAAAAGGAAUUUGAUUCCCUUUUAAAAAAGAACUCGGACUUAAAGAAUGACAUAGCUGAAAUGGACAUCCAAUACCAAGACUUGCAAGGCAAAUGUGAUGAGCUACAGAUUGUACUUAGAUCAUACAAAGAGUGUCAGGAUUUACAUGAAGCUGCCUUGUCUAAGAUCUAUAGCCUAGAGCAGCAAUUGGCUGAAGCACACGCAGAGAUCCAGCAAAUAAAUGAAGCACAUGCAAGCGAGGAAACAGAUAAGACAAUGGCAUUGUACGAUGAAUUAGUCACCCUACACCCCACCCCUAUGCCAACAAUAGACCUCACAACUCCAAGAAAAUCAACCAAUAUCACAGGUGCAAACAGGCUUAAAAAAUAUAUUAAAAUAAAGAAAUAUAUCAGGAAGUCUGAGCGAGCAUUGAAAAAGCAUAAGACGCACCUUCCAUUGACAAAGGAUAGAGUGAGACUUCAACUACUGGUGAAUAAAUAUGAACAAGAGAUGUCAGACUACAACCAGAAGCUCGCAGACAACAACCAGGAGUGCGAGUUCAACAUUGCCAUGCUACAGUCUAGGCUGGCCACACUGAAGUCUGCCCUAGAACAGAGAACUCUGGAAUACGAAAACCAGCUGCUGGUGCUGAGUAGUGUGGGCUUAGUUCGGGUUGAGAUGCUGCCGGAGAAGUCUUCACCUGCUGAAGCCACCACCGCAUCUCCGGAGGCCACCACCACCAACUCGGAGGCCACAAACAGCAUCCCGCUGUUUGAGAAAACUACAAGUCCGCAAAUUGCGUUAAGCUCCGGCUUAAUCGAGAUCAAGGCUUUUGUUGACGGCCAGUUUCUAUCUUACGGUAUCUUCCUACAGAAGAUGUACGAGUAA